AUGGCACCGUUUUGGGAGAAACCGAUAAAGAGAAUCCUUAAACGCAGCAAGGAAUAUGACGGACAAGGCGGCAAACCGUCCGAAAUUAUCACAGGUUCUUCUGAUCCAAACAAUCACACGUCAAAGUCUGAUCGAGCCGCGCGUUUCGCGAGUGCCCACUCGCAGGCCGACGACCGAGUGGCUUCGCCUACAGUUCAUUCGAUAAUUUCUGUGCAGCAACCGCCUUCGGCCGUUUCACCGACAUCCUCCCCUCUAGCUACUUCCCACACUCUAACAGUCGCCACUCCCCAACCAAAUUUUUCCGGUUUAGUAACUUUAAUAUCUUCAAGCGUGCGGGGAACACUAUGGAACCAAGCCUACGACAAGGUGAAAACGAAGGAGCCUGCUCUGGUAGACGCAUAUGAGAGAAUACUGUCCCGCAAACUCAACAACGAUGAGGCGAGUUUGACAGCUCUUGAGCCUCCAAAGAACGAAAUGGAACAAGAAAACCCGGAGAAAAGGCGGUCUCAAAUGAUGCAGCUCAUCCGGGCUGGCUUAGACAAGACCGAGAGGGAGGCCGCCAUUAAGCAAGGUAUCGAUGACGGAAUGCAAGCCGUACACUCUGUAAGAGGCAUAAUAGAUAAGGCAGUAAAGGCCGCCCCAGAAGCUGCUCUCGCGUGGGUUGGUGUCUGUUUCGUUCUAGAGAUCCUCGCAAAUCCAAUCAGCGAGGCCAUUGCCAACCGCAGCGGACUCGCCUAUGUUGUCUCCAGAAUGGACUGGUACUGGAACUUGUCGGACCUUCUCCUCGACAAGAACAGGGUGGAGAAAUCCUCCGCCGGACUGCGUGACGAACUUGAGAAGCACGUCCUCGACCUUUACCAAAAACUCCUCGCGUACCAGAUGAAGAGUGUCUACUCGUACUACCAAAACAGGGGAGUUGUUUUUUUCCGGGAUAUGAUUAAACUUGACGACUGGGAUAACAAGCUGAGAGAUAUAAAGGACGCAGAGGAAAUUAUUCGAAAAGACUCUAGUCAAUACAACACUCAGCAAAUCAGAUCUCAUCUCCAGGAUCUGAUCGAUACUGCUGGGGAUGAGACGCAGAAACUUAAAGAAAUCAAUUUGGCCAUUCAGCGCCAAACUGUGCAGCAUAGGAAUAUGCAAGAAGAGGAGGAAAUCAAGAAAUGUUUGAAAGACCUCCGGGCCACGGACCCACGGCACGACAAGAUACGCAUCGAGCAGACUAAAGGCGGCCUCUUGCGGGAGUCGUAUCACUGGAUUCUCGACAACCCCAACCUCCGGCAAUGGCGCAAUGACCCAGAGAGUACGCUGCUCUGGAUCAAGGCCGACCCCGGCAAGGGCAAGACCAUGCUGCUCUGUGGGAUUGUUGACGAGCUGAAGAAGUCGCCUACCCCUGGCCUUCUGUCCUUCUUCUUCUGCCAAGCCACCGACCCGCGCAUUAACAAUGCUACCGCUGUGUUGCGCGGCCUGAUCUACUUGCUGGCCGACCAGCAGCCGUCACUGACCUCACAUCUGCGGAAAGAGUACGACCGCGCAGACAAAUCCCUCUUUGAAGACGUUAAUUCUUGGGUCGCCCUGUCAGGCAUUUUCAAAAACAUCGUACGAGACCCGAGCUUGAAGAAGGCCUAUCUGGUUAUUGAUGCACUGGACGAAUGCAUCACCGACUUGCCAAAGCUGUUAGACUUAGUCGUCCAUACGACGUCGUCGUCAUCGGCCCGCGUAAAGUGGCUCUUGUCAAGUCGGAAUGAGCUCCACAUCGAGCAGAGACUGAGGUUCACCGACGAGAAGACGAGGCUGAGUCUCGAGCUGAAGGAGAAUGCGGAGCAGGUAUCUCGAGCUGUCAACAUGUACAUUGACGACAAGCUGUCUCGUCUCGAGUCACUUCAAGGAGACGGCGGCCUCAGAGAUCGAAUACGAGAUAUACUACGCAAGAAGGCCAAUGGAACAUUCCUCUGGGUUGCGCUUGUAGUUGAGGAACUUGAGAAGCCUGAAAGCUGGGAUCCUUUACUGGUGGUGGAAGAAGUGCCAACAGGCCUACCCGAGCUGUACGAUCGCAUGGUGAAUCAGAUUCAACUGCUUACAAAGAGAAACUCGGAGGUUUGCCGGCUUAUACUUUCCAUAGUCACGGUUGCAUACCGGCCCCUUUACCUAGCCGAGAUCGGAAGCUUGUGUAGGUUACCGGGCCAGAAUUUGGCUUUAACAACCAACGCAAGGAAGAUUGUGGCCAUGUGCGGCUCAUUUCUUACCGUUCGAGACGAUCAGGUGUACCUCAUCCACCAAUCAGCCAAGGACUACUUGAGCGACGAGGCGCGAGCUACAGUCUUUGCAUCUCAGACACAGACCCACCACGACAUCUUUGUUCGAUCACUAGAGCUCAUGACUAGUACACUGAAACGCGACAUGUACCAUCUAAUCGCUCCAGGUGUUCUGAUCGACCAGGUCCAAGUGCCACACCCAGACCCGCUGGAGGCGACACGGUACUCGUGCGUCCAUUGGGUUGAUCAUCUGAGUGACUCUGUUUCCGGUAAGAGCACGAGGCGAGACGACGAUUUACAGGAUACCAACGCCAGUUAUGCCUUCCUCAAAAAGUACUUUCUUCACUGGCUUGAAGCGCUUAGCCUGAUGCGGAAGGCAUCCAAAAGUAUUUUAGCAUUAAAUUCGUUGGAGUCUACCGUUAUAGCUGAUCAAAGUUCCCGCUUCCGUCGAUUCAUCUAUGAUGCAAAACGAUUUACUUUAUACAACCGAUCUAUCAUCGAGGCGGCACCUCUUCAAAUAUAUUGUUCAGCUCUCAUGUUUGCACCGGAGGGGAGCAUCAUUCGCGGACAAUUCAAGGACGAAAUACCUCGUUGGGUCUGCACUAUGCCAAGAAUGCCAAAAGACUGGAGCCCUUUAGAGCAGACGCUCCGGGGCCACACGGGCUGGAUCUGGAGCGUAACGUUCUCCAACGACAGCAAGGUCGCAUCAGGAUCUGCCGACAAGACUGUGCGGGUUUGGAACAUCGCCACAGGGCAACUCGAGCAGACACUACAAGGCCACGAAGGACGGGUCUGGAGCGUGGCGUUCUCGCCGAACGGAAAAAGAAUGGUGUCAGGGUCCGAUGAUGAGACAGUGCGG